GGAGUCAGUGCAGCAUUUCAUGGUGCAGGGUGGAAAUGCGCUGUCUGUGCCUCCAUCCCUGCUCCCUCCCUCCCCCUCUCUCUGUUUCCCCCUCUCUACCUUAAAAACAAAAAAAACUAGUCACACAUGCAAGCCCGAUAGGAAACAUGCCUCCAGCUCUCAAGACUUGGGCUUUGCUGUGUGUGUCGCUGUGCCUCCUGUGUCAAGUGGCUCAUCCGAAGAAGCCUUUCCGAUGCCCUUCAACAUGCAGCUGCUCCAAGGAGUCCAUCAUCUGCGUCGGGAAUGCCUACAUCCCCAGGAUCGCCCCGAUUGAGAUCAGCUCUUUGAGCAUCGUCAAUGGGACUUUCACUGAGAUUAAGGAGGCGAUGUUUGCCCACAUGCCCACCCUCCAGCUGCUGCUUCUGAAUUCAAAUUCCUUAACCACUAUAAGAGAUGAUGCAUUCUCAGGCCUUCCACACCUGGAAUACCUAUUCAUUGAGAGUAAUAAACUAGAGACUACAUCGAAAUAUGCCUUCAGAGGACUCAGGGACUUGACUCACUUGUCUUUGGCAAACAACAACAUGAAAUUCCUACCUAGGGAUGUCUUUGUUGACUUGGACUCGUUAAUAGAGCUGGAUUUACGAGGCAAUGCCUUUGAGUGUGACUGCAGGGCCAAAUGGCUCAUGUUGUGGCUGAAGAGCACCAAUGCCACGGUGUCAGAUGUUGUGUGUGCUGGACCAGAGGACAUGAAGGACAAACACCUAAAUGACAUAAAUAGCCUUCAGGAUGAGUGCAUGUCAACGGAUUUUGUCCUUCACCAGUCUGUGGCGUCGGAGUCAUUGUCUAUUGACACAUUCAGUUUCAAGAACGAUGUUUAUGUGACCAUUGCGGCUCCCAGCACUGACAGCUGUAUGGUGUUCCAGUGGGACCACAUUGAAAUGAACUUCAGGACCUAUGAUAACAUCACAGCUCAGUCCAUUGUGGGUUGCAAGUCGGUUGUCAUCCAGGAGGAGGUGUUUGUCAUUGUCGCUCAGCUCUUCGGUGGUUCCCACAUUUACAAGUUUGACGACGACCAAAGCAGGUUCAACAAGUUCCAGGACACCGAGGUGUCCAAGAUCUCCAAGCCCAAUGACAUUGAGGCUUUUCAGAUUGGUUCGGACUGGUUCUUUGUGAUUGCUGACAGCUCAAAAGCUGGCCUGUCCACCCUCUACAAGUGGAACGAUAAUGGCUUUUAUUCUUACCAGUCCUUACAUGAGUGGUACCGCGACACUGAUGCAGAGUUCCUAAACUUGGAUGGGAAGGCUCACCUCAUUAUGGCUAGCCGCUCACAGGUUCCUGUGAUUUACCAGUGGAGCCGGACCAACCAGAAGUUCAUCCUGCAGGGAGAUAUCCCCAACAUGGAGGAUGUGGUAGCUGUAAAACACUUUCGCAUCAAAGAUGAGCUCUACCUCGCCAUGACCCGAUAUAUUGGUGACUCAAAAGUACUAAAGUGGGGUCCGAAACAGUUUGCGGAGAUUCAGGCUUUGCCAUCACGAGGCUCCAUGAUUCUCCAACCAUUCUCUUUUAAAGAACGCUACUACCUGGCUCUGGGAAGUGACUACACCUUCUCACAAAUCUAUCUAUGGAACGAUGACGACAAAGUCUUUGAACGCUUCAAGGAGGUGUACAUUCAGGCACCGCGCUCCUUCACCGUGGUUUCCACUGACCGCAGGGACUUCAUCUUUUGCUCCAGCUUCAAGGGAAACACACAGAUCUUUGAACACAUUAUUAUUGACCUGAGCUUGUGAGGGACUCUGCCUUAUUGUCCCUCCUGCAAUCAAAUGUCUUCCAUUCAAAAGAUAUAUCUUUAUGACAGGUAAAAAAUAACAGAGAGAGAUCUUACUGAGCUGAUAAACAUCCAAUCAUACUAGUUAGGACCCACACUAGAGCUUGGUCAAGUUGAAAUUUUCUCAUCUGUCUUUGUUCUACUAAUGGUUCUCAUGAGUUCUUCUAGUCAUUCAGUGAUUGUACAAAAAGUCCCCUGAGAUUUCUGAGGAUUUGGAUCCGAAGUCCUUCUGGUUUUCCUUAUUGGAGUUUUUAAUGUAAUACUCAAAUAAAGCUAAAAUUUCCUUUAGUCUUAUAAUUUGGACAAACCUUUUUUCCUCCAACUCCAUGUUCCAUAUCUGUAAUGAACGGUUGGUCUUUAGAGCUCUGAUGGGCUUACAGUGCCUCCUGCUGGCAGUAUUAAACCUUACACCCCCUAUUUUCUUUACAGUGAACGUCUGGAAAGCACAACCCUUUAAUAAUUAUUAUAGCUGAGAUCUUAGAAUGUAGUACACUAGUGGGACGUGUUACCGUAGGUGCUAUAGGCUGUGAUGUAUACAUUAGAUUUGUGUAAAAAAAAUUAUGUAUUUGUUGUUUAGAAGAGUCAAAUAUUGAGGACAGGAUGCAGAAAUCCCCAUUUUGAUACAACUUUUGAAUCAGACGCAACAAAGUCUCUGAUCAGGUAGAUCAAAAAGAUAUCACACUCUUAAAAAUAACAAUUUUUGUUGGUAAUAUAAUGUUAAAUGAAUAGGCUCUUCACAUAUAUUAGAGGCCUCUAAAACUAAGAAAAUGUAAAUAUGUAAAUUAUCUAAUGUUUAAGAGGCUUUCUCAGUCCCUCGUUUGAAACUACUGAAUGUUGACUUCCUUUGUAAUGUUCAUUAAUCCAGGACUGCAAUGCCACUUCCUGAUUCUGAACAGUUCUUUGCACUUAUGUACAACAAAAGUCAGUUGUUACUGCAGCUUGCAAGAGCAUGACAUUCAAAAUAAGAUGAAUGUCUUCUAAUUUUUUAGAUGAUUCAAAGAAAAUCAUUAAAUGAUUUUGUUAAUGAGGUGAAUGGCAUUGCAGAUAACCUGGCCUGUAUUUGAUAAAAAGCAAACAUGCAAGAUUCUUUUGUAACGUUUAGAUCGAAGCUUAUUGAAUGUUACUCUAAAAUUUUAAGUUAAUCCGGUUGAGAACCAGAAAUAAACGUGUGAAGAUGUGA